AGUUUAUUAUAUUAGAGAGAGUUCCAGAAGAAGGGGAACGGAUCUCAAAACAAAUUAGGGUUCCAAGGAGAGGGGAGGCGAUAUCUUUGAUUCUCUUGACGUACGAGGCGAUGACUGAAGCAUUUGAAGGCUGGAAUCAAUGGCUCGAAGAUCCGUGUUUGUUUUGGCGACCUGGGGAUUAUAACUAUCAGACGCCUAAGCAUGAUCCCAAAAAGGCUAUCUACACACCUGAGCAAGAGCAAGAACGAUUUACGGAAGAAGUAGAAAAUAGCGAGGGUUUCGACAUCGAUUUCGAUAGCUUCCGUUGCGUUUUCAACUACCAUCGUGCUUACCUGGACGCAAAUGAGUUCGUGGAUGAGCCAGACACCACUGGAGAUUUACUCGUGAGGCUAUCCAAGGAAGCCCUAGAUGGUAGCAAUGCAACAUAUAAGACAGAUUUCGAGUUUGUGAGCGUUGUUAAAGCCAACUUUCACUACUCUGCUGGAUUCAUGUUUCUCAUAACGUUUGAAGUUCGUGAUCCUUAUGAUGGUCUGAUCAAACCAUUCCAAGCAAGGGUGCGCCACCUUAAACAUACCUUCACCGAGCAUGUCUUCUGCAGGCCUAAACCCAACGCCGGAGUGGAAUACUAUGGGCUGCCAAGACAGAUUUUGAGAAAGAUACCAAGAAACAAAGGUAGCACAAUAUCUUCCAAGUGUCUUUUACUUUACAUUCUUGGAUGAGUUGAUUGAUUUGGUUUCCCUUUGCAGAUUGGAGUAGUAGAGCUUUACUAUGCUACGAGUAGUGAUUAGUAAAACCUAAGAGAGACGUCUCUUGUUUAGUUAUCUAUUUACUUCCUGACUUUUGUUCGUUUUCGUAACACUCAAGCGUGACUUUACUUCUUCUCUCUCUCUCUCUCUCUCUCUCUCUCUCUCUCUCUAACUAAGUAAUAAUAUUCUUAAAUAAUUCAGAAGGAACCACGAACCAACAACAAAACCCUAGCUACGAUUUUUCUUUAAAACGAAUUCUCAAACAACAACUAAUAAUACAAUGAAAAGAGAUUAUACAACUUUCUGAUAACUUAUCAGCCGCGGAAAAUAGAUGGGAAUCGUAUGAGCCACGAGAAUACCAAUUCAUAGAGACACUAAGCUAGGUGAAUAUACGAACUUGCUCAAGUGAAUAAUACUAAGUGAAUAUCAAAUAUUAAGUGUGAAGCUUUCAGCCCUAUAUUUGUAGUAUAAAAUUUCUAUUGGACAUAUUCUCCUAUCGAAUGGCUUCUUAAAUGUUUCGUCGAAAGAAACGAAGAGUCAUUAAAACUAUCGUUUGCACUCUCUUUUAGCUGGUUUACUAUUAUCCAAGUAACAAUACAAUGUUCUGAAACGAAACUUUCUUUUUGUAACGUUUGGAACAGAAAUGUUUUAACAAGUAAAAGAAAGAAAUAGAUAAAAUAAAACACACACAAGUAGACGAGCGAAUAAAAAGAGAAACACACUCGACAAGGUCUAAACUAGAAACAUUGUGAAAGAGAGUAGAAAAAAAUGAGGUGCAACCUUCAGAAUCGGAGUCUUUACAAGAGUCAAACUCAGAAGAAGAAGAAAUAUAUACAGCUGACGGCUCUACUUCGGAAGAUGAUUAUGUCUUUGAGGAAGCAACUUCGAAGAAACCCUAGCAACUCAUUAGGGCAUCUCCAAUGGAACUCUAUUUUUUUCUUUAUAAUUUACACAAAAAUAGACUAACUCUAUCAUAGUGUAACUUUUGCUCCAAUGGUGUUACUCUAUAAUAGACUAACUCUUAUAUAGUGGAAUAUAGAGGAAUGUCAUAUUUUACUCUAUAUUUGGAGUGAAAAAGUGACAUUCCUCUAUAUUUCACUCAAUAAUAGAGUAACUCCAUUAUAGAGUAACACCAUUGGAG